UGAAGACACGACGAUGUGAGGUCCACAAGGCCGACGUUUGAAUCAUAGUUACCUCUUGUAUCUGUCUGGCCAGGAGCAAAGCCCACGAUGACAGACGCGUCACAGACCGCGUCAGCAUUGCUGACCGAACAUCUCCAAUACACACCCUUGUCGCUCAUCGACGACAUCAUCAAUUCCGUGAAUGAUCUGGUAUACCAAGGGGUGGGCAGCUUGGAAACGGGGUUGACCUCGACACCGCCCGAACGACUUGGCUACAAAGCCACAAUUACCACAAACGAGCAAGGCAGAGAAGAGAAGGAAUUCCCAGAGGCAAAACAAGAGAUUGAGGAAGGCCUACACAAGUUGGAGACACUGUUGAAUUCCACUAUCGACAAGAACUUUGACAAGUUUGAAAUCUACGUCCUGAGGAACAUUCUGUCCGUCCCGGCUGAUCUCGUCAAUUGGGUGCGCCUCGCUCAUUACGAGAACGUCUCCUACCCCCCAGCGCAGGAUGCCGCAAAGCCCGAGGAUAUCCAGCAGCUUCGGCGCAAGUUGGCAGCAUCACGCACAGUGUCCAGGGCCCUCUCAGAAGAGCAUCAGCGAAAUGCUAUUCUCAUUCGCCAGUUGAAGGGUCUCGCAGAAGGAACUGACCACACAAACUUGUCUUUUCUUACCAACACUUCGACGCAAGCAUCCCAGUCACUUGCCAGCAAUACAAGCUUUGUGCUCUCACAGAUGCCCGCCCUACGGUCCCUACUGGCAGACUUGCGGCCCAAGUUGGCAGCCCUGCACGCGAGCAGAGCAAAGAUUGAGCCAAGUUCGGCCAAGGACGAAAUUCGACAAGAUCGGCGAGGUUAUAUUGAACAGCGUACACGUGCCCACCUGGAGCGACACGGACAAGGUAUGGGAAGCGAUGACCCGGUAGUGGGCGGGAGAAGGGUCGACCCUGAAGAGGUGCAGGCCUUGGAAAAGGCGGCAAGCAUUUUCGAUCCGACGUGAGAACUCCAUGGGGACCGCAACCGAUCCUCCCUGUACAGACUCACUAUGGGAUGCUUGGGUGGACGUUAAACGACUUAACGCACGUGUCCAUGGGGCAAGGCUCGAGCAAGUGGGUCACUCUCCUGCAGAAAACAUGAGGAAUUUGCCGACGAGCCCAAUUGAGGGUGGUAUCCUGCUGAUUCCGGAAGUGUUUUGUUGAAUUGAAGGCCCAGCAGACGACUAUGUUCUGCAUAUGACUGGAGUCAUGUGCUGCCUAGGUGAGACCAUGUGGGGACUAUCGCCCUCGUUGGCGAGGAUCCCUAGGUAUGCAAAGAGGCCGCAAUCAUAAGCGUGUCUGUAAAGACAACUUGGUGGCUUGCUAGUGCGAGGUCUUUGAAGGAGGUGGAGUGAAAGUGGAAAGAAGUCCCCAGACGUGCGCUGGUCAUCCCAACAAAGGAAAAGCGAUCGGGGCUGGAUUGCAGUCCAGAAGUGCUUUGUUGCAGCGGCUUCCUGCAACCAUAAGUUUGGCCUCUGGACCUAAUGCAACAAGACUGUCUGACAGGGUCAGUCGACAAGAAUCAAACCGGUCUUUAUGGCCCUGGUAAGGGUCUCUGGUGCCCGUGACGGCUCCGGUGGAGGCUCCACGGGCAUGACAUUUGGAUCCGGCUACUGUCGUCAGACAAGACUCUUAGUUUCGUCAGCAUGGGUGUUGGUGGCCAAGUGGGGGUCGAACAUCUACGGAUAUGUUCAUACCGCAGUCAAGGUAGAAGAAGUUCCAUGUAGCUUGGAGGGAUGCUGCAUGAUUGAUCGAGUGUUGUCAAACCGUUCUCUCGCUCUACAGGCACGACAGGAUGUCGAUUCCCAGGUACCUAGAGACAUGUUUCCACUCGAUCUCAAUGCCCAUCGACCAAGACAUCGAUCGCCGCAUCCCUGAUGAGUGCGACUGAAAGGGCUCCAGGUUAUCUGGCACACCAUUCUGAGUCUGGCUUAGCCUUGCAGAAUGGGAGGUGCCAGCACAGCAAUGACUGCGUCAAGCGAGGUUGGCCUGCACUCGAGUAUCGCAACCAAAGCCACUUUUAACCAUCCAUAAUCUGGUGGGAGGCGUGUUCUUGUCCAAAG